AUGAGCGACGAACAUUCCUCGGUCGAGAAUGGACAGACGAAGGAGGAGGAGCAGUCAUCGCAGGUUGGCCAGAACGAGCCUGCAAGCAGCCCGCAGCCACAGGCACCACCGCAGCACCCGGACGGCGGGCUGAAAGCUUGGCUCUGCGUGCUGGGUUGCGGCGCGUGUUACUUUUGCUCCUACGGCUGGAUCAAUGCCCUCAGCGUGUUCCAGGAAUACUACAAAAACGUCGCGCUAAGCUCAUACUCAUCCCUCGACGUGGGAUGGAUCGCCACGCUCCAGAACUUCUUCCUGCAGUUCUGCGGCCCCUUCGUGGGCCUCCUCUUCGACCGCUUCGGCCCCACCUACCUCCUCAUGACCGGCGCCUUCCUCCACGUCUUCGGGCUGAUGAUGGCGUCCAUCAACACCGAAUACUACCAGUUCGUGCUGGCGCAGGGGGUCUGCAGCUCCAUCGGCACGAGCUUCAUCUUCAACCCGGCGACGGUCAGCGUGCCCAUGUGGUUCGGCCCCAAGAAGCGCGGGCUGGCCAUCGCGCUCUCGUCGACGGGCGCGCCCAUCGGCGGCGUCAUCUACCCCAUCGUCGUCAACCGCGUCAUCGACGGCGUCGACUUCGGGUGGGCGAUGCGGACGUGCGCCUUCAUCAUCCUCGCCAUGAUGGCCAUGGCCGUCGCCACCACGCGCCUGCCCGCGAAGCCGGUCAAGCGGCCCGUCAACCGCACCAUCGCGCGGCGCAUGGCGUCGGGCCCGUUCGUGUUCCUCGUGGCCGCCUUCUUCUUCUUCACCAUGGGCGUGCUGCUGCCCAUCACGUACAUGACGCAGAACGCCGUGGCCAAGGGGCUGGACACGGGGCUGUCGCGGUACCUGGUGAGCAUGUACAACGCGGGGGCGUUUGUCGGGCGGGUGAUGCCUGGGGUUGUCGGGCACCGGACGGGCUUCUUCGACAUCACGACGGCGGCGUGCGCCCUCACUGGCGUCUUCACGCUGGCGCUGUGGAUCCCCGCCGCCGGCACGCCGCCGCUAGUCGCCUUCGCGAUUAUAUUCGGGUGGGCGGCCAACGCCGUCAUCGCCGCCAUGCCCAUGCUGAUCUCGCUCGUGUCGGAGCCGCAGGAGCUGGGCGUGCGCGCCGGCACCGUCUUCGCGUUUGGGGGGCUGGGCGCGCUGGCCGGCUUGCCCAUCGGGUCGGUGCUGGUGCGCGGCGACGACUACGACGACAUGAAGAUCUUUGCGGGGGUCAUGAUCCUGGCGGGGACGUGCUGCUACGCCGCGUCGCGCUUCUGCCUGAGCGGGCUGAAGUUGCGAGCACCCUGA